AGUGAUAAUCUAUAAAAUUGGUUGCUAAGCAAAGUAAAUAGUUCAUGUAUAUAUAUAUUCAAUAGUGUUAAGUUCAAAAUGUCAUUACAGUCGCCAGAAUUAAUAACAAAAGUAUUGUACGGUUUAAAAACCGACGUUCAAGGGAAUGCCCAUUUUAUAACAGAUAACGAUAUUUUAUAUCCGGUCGGCAAUGCCUUGGCAAUUCAUAAUUUUAAUCAACAUAGACAACGUCUUCUUCAUUUAUCUGACAAACAUCACGUAAAUAUAAUUGCAGUAACACCUAACAAAAAAUAUGUCGCUCUUUGUGAAGCAGGAGACAAACCUACGAUAUCAAUCUACGACCUGAAUCAACUGAAACGCAAAAAAUCUUUGGUUAUUCCAUAUGAUUGUCCGGGAGUGACCAAAUUCUCAUGCGUUUCUUUUAGUUACGACAACCGAUACUUGGCAGCCAUUACGGGCGAUCCAGAUUCUACGAUGCUUUACUACCUGUGGGAGAAAGGUAAAGUUGAGUCAUCAAUAAAACUGCCGAGCCCUAAUUCAGUUUCUAUGAUAAAUCUUAUCAACUGCAAUCCUGGGGAUGUUGGAAUCGUCGCUGUUGCAGGGCCGCACACAUUCAAAUUAUUAACGGUAUCUGAAACCGUGUGGCGGCCCUACGGAUUCGCGAAAGCAGAUAAUUUGCUGAUAAGUUCAGUCGUUUGGUUGAAUGGUGACCGCUUGUUGGCGGGAACGCGAGACGGAAGACUUUUCUACUUGGACAAUGGGGAAUUGAAAGCUAUUUUCAAUGUAAGGGAUACUGCGGUCAUUAAUCUAAAAACUAGAGACGAAUUUGUGAUUACGCCGACUCCGGAAUCAACGUCGUGGCCCGAAGAAAUACGGUGCCUGGUUUCUUUCCCCAAAGGGUUUGCUUUCGGGUGGGGUAGCCGCACGAUUGUGGUUUUUGAACGUGAAGGCCAGCACAAGUAUCUAAAGAAACAUAUUUUUCGGGUGCCGACCCAGGUCUCGAGUAUCCCGGACUCGGAUUUUUAUCGAAUAAACUCCAUAAACAUAAAUCCCAGCCACGAUCAGCUAAUAGUGACGACCGGAUGGUCUCAACUAUUUCACGUUAGUCUUUAUGAUGAUUCUAUGGACAUGGAAGAAGAGCUCAAGAUAAUGGGCCAAGCAUUGCAUCAAGGCGCGAUCACUAAAGUAGCCAUGUGUGCCUGGAAAUCUGUUUUCAUGACCUGUGGGUCCACGGACAGGAGCGUUAGACUAUGGGACUAUGAAUCUGAGAACCUUGUCAUGAUGAAACAGUACUCAGAAGACAUAUUCUCAUUGUCAUUGCACCCAGUAGGCCUGUUCUGCUUGAUAGGAUUCACGGACAAGCUGAGAUUCAUGACAAUCCUGAUUGAUGACCUGCUACCCACGCGGGAAUUCGCGAUCCGAAUCUGCCAGACCGUAAGCUUCAGUCACGGAGGCCAUUUAUUCGCGGCAGUUAAUGGGAACGUCAUUGAAAUUUAUACUACAGUCACAUUUGCUCAGCAUUUAGUUUUAAAAGGUCACACGGGAAUAAUCCGUGAGCUAGUCUGGUUCCAAUCUGAUCUAAAGCUUGUCACCUGUGGCUACGAAGGUGCCAUUUAUGUCUGGGACAUCAGCACAGGCUUGAGAGUUUCUGAAGCGAUUAUCAAAAAUGUUAAGCUUCACGGAGUCGCAGUUAGUCUCGAUGGUACUGCAAUUUACUGUAUUGCUACAGAUCGCAAGAUCCGCGAGAUUAGGGACAGUGUCGUUCUAAGAGAAUUUGAUCUCAAUUCAAACAUGAUGAGUUUGCUAAUCGGGAAACAAAAUCCACUAGCUUUUAUUACCUGUCCAGGAGGUUCUAUUCUUUUUAUGAAGACUCCUCUUCAAGAUCCAAUCGUAUUCACUCCAUACCACGUUCAUUGCACAGACGUAACAGAUCUCGCAGUAUCUCAUCACGAGCAAGUCGUUAUUUCUGCAGCUCAAGAUGGCAGCUUGUGUUUCUGGCGGCUUAAACAAAAUGCCGGCCCAGAAGCUGUUACUUACACCAACGAAGUUUUAAUCGGUAAAGCAGAUCUUGAAGACAAGGUUCGCACUAUUGAAGAAUUAAAUACCAGAUUAAGAGAAUUGGAGACCGAGCACGCUUACAAGUUACGUCAGAUUGAAAUCGCUCAUAACGAAAAGCUCAGAGAAAUGAAUUCUGGAUACUAUGACGCGGUCCAGGAACUUCUGGCUCGCAUCGAUCAGUUGAAAGAGGACCGGCAGAAUGAGUUGAACAAAAUAAAUGUAGAAAUAGUGAAAAUGAAUGCUGAUUAUGAAAAAUCACGGCAAGAAAUGGAAAUUGAUUACAAUAAUAAACUAAUUGUCGAGUAUGAUAAGUAUCAGGCUUUGGAGAAGGCGAGCAAUGAAAUGAGGUUAGACUACGAAACCAAAAUGGCGAAGUUGCGCGAGACACUGGAACAAGAACGCGACCAGGUGGCGCUAAAGCUUGAAGCGGAGAUCUAUGAUAAGUCUUUGCAGUUAGAGGAGCUGCAAGAAGAAAUGGCGCAUGCGCUUAGAGAACAUGAAGAGGUUAAGGAACAAAUAGAACUGGAUGCUGACAGAGAGAUUGUUGAUAUCAGGACAAAGUAUGAAAGCCAAUUGUUUGAAGAGCGUCAGAGUAAUUUGAAGCUAAAAGGCGAAACUGGAGUGAUGCGCAAUCGAUAUGCGGCCUCGCAGAAAGAUAUUGAUGAACUUAAAGGGCAGGUAACGCAUUUGAAAGGUGAGCUGGUACAUUAUCAAAAAAUAGUUGCAGAUUUUGAGAAGGAUAUAAUUGAUUUGAAAACGGAAAUCAGGGAAAGGGAUUCGACGAUACAGGAAAAGGAAAAGAAAGUUAAUGAACUACAGAGAACUAAUCAUGAACUAGAGAAGUAUAAAUUUGUGCUGAACUAUAAAAUAAAGGAACUGAAGGGUCAGAUUGAACCGAGAGACGAGGAAAUUAAGGAACUCAAGCUCAAGAUUGGAGAUAUGGAGAUCGAGUUAGUGAGUAUGCACAAGAGAAAUGGGAUGCUAGAGAUCCAAGUCCUAGAGCUGAAGGAUAAAGUCGCUGGAGUGACCAAAGAAGGGGACUUGAGGGCUAGGAAGGUUAGGGAGCUUUCAAAAUUGCUGGAGAGGAUUCGUAGGGAUAUGGUUGAUGCGGUGGAUGUUCAUGACCCAAAGAUGCUAAGGAAGUUUGUCAAAGAGCUUUACCAGAAGUAUGUCGAUGAAGAUUCCAAGAAAACAGUCCAAGAGGAUGAAGAUGUCGCUUGCGAAUUCGAGAGACAGAGGGACCAGCUGGAAAGGACGGUGGAGUCGCUUAAAAAACAGGUUUAUAAGAAGUCGGCUAGAUAAUUUG